AUGGCUGGCUGUGUGUUUCCAAUGGGACCAGAGAGCUUUCAGCGCUUCACGCCGGACUCCCUGGCGGCCAUCGAGCAGCGCAUCGCCCAGGAGAGGGCCCGACGCAGCAAACACUACCAGGAGGACCUGGGUGACGUGGUGCUCCCCCGGCGCCGGCCCGACCUGGAGGCAGGAAAACAGCUGCCGCGCAUCUUCGCCGACAUCCCGUCUCAUCUGGUGGGCGUUCCCCUGGAGGACAUCGACCAGUACUACUUCAAAGACAAGAGGACCUUCGUAGUCCUGAACAAAGGGAAGGCCAUCUUCCGCUUCACUGCCACGUCAGCGCUCUACAUCUUCAGCCCGUUCAACCUCAUCCGCAGAAUCGCCAUCAAGAUCCUGGUCCACUCAUAUCCUUACGCUGCUGCUGCUGUCAGAGGGUUGACCUUUGACCCCCGGCUGCAGCAGCUCUGCUGCGUGUCGGUGGAUCUGAUAAAGUGCCCAGAUGGGUUUGACUGUCUGAAGGCAGGAAAGAACCCCAACUACGGCUACACCAGCUUCGACAGCUUCGGCUGGGCCUUCCUGUCCUUGUUUCGCCUGAUGACUCAGGACUACUGGGAAAACCUCUACCACCAGACGCUGCGUUCGGCCGGUAAGACCUACAUGGUGUUCUUCGUGGUGGUGAUCUUCCUGGGCUCCUUCUACCUGGUCAACCUCAUCCUGGCCGUGGUGGCCAUGGCAUACGAGGAGCAGAACCAGGCCACCAUCGCCGAGGCCAGCCAGAAAGAACGGGAGUUUCAGGUUGCGAUGGAGAUGCUGAAGAAGGAGCAGCAGGUCGCCGCCCAGAAACUCCUCGACUCGGACUCGAUCGUGUCACCAGAUACCUCCCCGUUCGGUCUGCCAUUGGACCGCGUGGAGGAUCGGAGACGGAGUCAGGCGCUUGUGGGCGUGACCGACGUGGAAGCGAACCUAUCGGAGGAGAAGCUGCUGCAGGUGGACUUGACAGACGGGGGAAAGCCCCUCCACCCGCUCCUCGCUCGCUCCUUCUCCUCGAGGACGCGGCGAAGCAGCCAGGUCUCCUCCAUCUUCAACUUCCGUCUGAGGAGCCGGGGGUCGGAGGGGGAGAUGGCCGACGACGAGUACAGCGUCCCGGGCGACGUGGUGGACGGUGUCGGGGGUCGGACCUACAGCGGCGGGACCUUCAGCGGCAUCUUGCCCCACCCGUGGCCCAAACGACGACCCAGCACCUACAGCAACGCCAGCAGGAACUCCCAGGUAUUCUAUCCAACUCUAAACGUUAACGGGAAGCUGUUUGUUGCAAUGGACCAGAACGGGGUUUCCCCACCUUCGCUGCAGGGGCAGCUGCCUGCCUGCACCAUGGAGAAGGUCAAGGAGGAAAGUGUCCCUACCUCCACCACUGAGCUCAGUACGAUGCUGCUCCCUCGGCCCUCGUCCACUCAGGACUCAGUGAGGAGGGGGCGGACCCUCAGCGCUGCCAGCUACCUCACUGACGCCAUGGAAGAGCUGGAAGAGGCCCAUAAGAAGUGCCACCCGUGCUGGUACGUGUUCGCCCACCGGUACCUGGUGUGGGAGUGCUCCCCCAGCUGGCGGAGGCUGAAGCAGCUGGUGAACAUCAUGGUCAUGGACCCCUUCCUGGACCUCGCCAUCACCGUCUGCAUCGUCCUCAACACGCUCUUCAUGGCCAUGGAGCACUACCCCAUGACGGACGAGUUCAACGGCAUGCUGAGCAUCGGAAACCUGGUGUUCUCGGGGAUCUUCACGCUGGAGAUGGUGCUGAAGAUCAUCGCUCUGGAUCCGUACUACUACUUCCAGACGGGCUGGAACAUCUUCGACAGCAUCAUCGUCUGUCUCAGCCUCAUGGAGCUGGGCCUGUCCGACGUGGAGGGGCUCAGCGUGUUGCGCUCCUUUAGACUGCUCCGCGUGUUCAAGCUCGCCCGCUCGUGGCCGACCCUCAACACCCUGAUCAAGAUCAUCGGGAACUCCAUGGGCGCCCUGGGCAACCUGACGCUCGUCCUCGCCAUCAUCGUCUUCAUCUUCGCAGUGGUCGGCAUGCAGCUGUUCGGAAAGAACUACCAGGACUGCGUGUGUAAGAUCUCCAAGGACUGCACUCUUCCCCGGUGGCACAUGAAGGACUUCUUCCACUCCUUCCUCAUCGUCUUCCGGGUCCUGUGUGGCGAGUGGAUCGAGACCAUGUGGGACUGCAUGGAGGUGGCGGGUCAGCCGCUCUGCCUGCUGGUCUUCAUGCUGGUCAUGGUCAUCGGGAACCUGGUGCUGCUGAACCUCUUCCUGGCUCUGCUCCUCAGCAGCUUCAGCUCAGACAACCUGUCGGCUCCAGACGACGACGGGGAGAUGAACAACCUGCACAUCGCCAUCCACCGGAUCACCAGAGGCCUGGCCUGGUGCCGCAGACAGGUGGUGGAUUUCUUCAACGGGAACCUGAAGCGGCGCCGCCAGAAGAGGAAGGAGGCCAAAGCGAUGAUGAAGCUCAAGCGCCUGAGCAGCAUCCACACGGAGGCCAACGGCGCCGUCAUCGGUACAUCUGGCUCUUUAGGCCGCCACGUGGAGAAGUACGUGGUGCCGGAGGACGACAGCUACAUGACCAACCCCAACCUCACCAUCAGCGUGCCCAUCGCACCCGGGGAGUCAGACCUGGAGUUCCCUGAGGAGGAGGACGAGGAGGAGGAGGAGGAGGGGGACGAGGAGCAGAGCGAGGGCUCCGAGGAGGAAGAGGAGGAGGAGCAGAGGGAGGAGAAAGACGCUAUCAGCCUAUCAGAGGGCAGCACGGUGGACCUGAGGAAGCCGGGAGAGGAAGAGGACGAGGACUCAGAGACGGCUGAAGAGGCCAUGGAACCCGACAACUGCUUCCCAGACUUCUGUGUCUCCAGGUUCCAGUGCUGUCAGGUGGACACCUCAGCCGGUCUGUGUCAGACCUGGUGGCGUCUGAGGAAGACCUGCUACCAGAUCGUAGAGCACAGCUGGUUCGAGUCCUUCAUCAUCUUCAUGAUCCUGCUGAGCUCGGGAGCCCUGGCCUUUGAGGACAUCUACAUCGAGCAGAGGAAGGUGGUCAAGGUGGUGCUGGAGUACGCGGACAAGAUCUUUACCUACAUCUUCAUCCUGGAGAUGUUGCUCAAGUGGCUCGCUUACGGCUUCAAGAAGUACUUCACCAACUACUGGUGCUGGCUCGACUUCCUCAUCGUCGAUGUGUCUCUGGUCAGCUUGGUGGCCAACACGUUGGGUUAUUCAGACUUUGCAGCCAUCAAGUCUCUGAGGACGCUCCGGGCCCUGAGGCCCCUGAGGGCCCUCUCCAGAUUUGAAGGCAUGAGGGUGGUGGUGAACGCUCUGAUCGGGGCCAUCCCCUCCAUCAUGAACGUGCUGCUGGUCUGCCUCAUCUUCUGGCUCAUCUUCAGCAUCAUGGGCGUCAACCUCUUCGCCGGGAAGUUCGGCCGCUGCGUCAACCGCACGGGCCACAUGUACGAGUUCGCCUUCAUCAACAACAAGUCUGAGUGCGAGGCGCUCAACAACACCGCGCUCUACUACUGGACCAAGGUCAAGGUCAACUUCGACAACGUCGGGGCCGGAUACCUUGCACUGCUGCAAGUGGCGACCUUCAAAGGCUGGAUGGAGAUCAUGUACGCUGCGGUCGAUUCACGAGCUGUUGAAGAGCAGCCGAUCAAGGAGAUCAAUCUCUACAUGUACCUGUACUUUGUCAUCUUCAUCAUCUUCGGCUCCUUCUUCACCCUCAACCUCUUCAUCGGCGUCAUCAUCGAUAACUUCAACCAGCAGAAGCGAAAGUUAGGAGGGCAGGACAUCUUCAUGACGGAGGAGCAGAAGAAGUACUACAAUGCCAUGAAGAAACUGGGUUCUAAGAAACCCCAGAAGCCCAUCCCCCGACCUCUGAACUCUCUGCAGGGCUUCUUCUUCGACCUGGCGGGGAAGCAGGCCUUCGACAUCAUCAUCAUGGUGCUGAUCCUCUUCAACAUGAUCACCAUGAUGGUGGAGACGGACGAGCAGUCGCCUCAGAUGGAGUACAUCCUGAACAACAUCAACCUGGCCUUCAUCAUCGUCUUCACCUUCGAGUGCCUCGUGAAGAUCGUGGCGCUGCGAUGCUACUUCUUCACCGUCGGCUGGAACAUCUUCGACUUCGUGGUCGUCAUCCUCUCCAUCGUCGGUAUCGUGCUUGCGGACAUCAUCGAGAAGUACUUUGUGUCGCCGACGCUGUUCCGAGUGAUUCGAUUGGCCCGUAUCGGACGAAUUCUGCGUCUCAUCCGAGGCGCCAAGGGCAUCCGGACGUUACUGUUCGCCCUCAUGAUGUCCCUUCCCGCCCUCUUCAACAUCGGACUGCUCCUCUUCCUGGUCAUGUUCAUCUACGCCAUCUUCGGCAUGGCCAACUUCGCCUACGUGAAGCGGCAGGCGGGGAUCGACGACAUGUUCAACUUCGAGACGUUCGGGAACAGCAUGAUCUGCUUGUUCCAGAUCACCACCUCCGCCGGCUGGGACAGCCUGCUGAGCCCCAUCCUCAACAACUCCCCCGAGGAGUGCAACGCCAACAUCCCCCACACCGGCACCACCGUGCGGGGCAACUGCGGGAACCCGUCGGUGGGCAUCACCUUCUUCGUCACCUACAUCAUCAUCUCCUUCCUCAUCGUGGUGAACAUGUACAUCGCCAUCAUCCUGGAGAACUUCAGCGUGGCCACGGAGGAGAGCACCGAGCCGCUGAGCGAGGACGACUUCGAGAUGUUCUACGAGGUUUGGGAGAAGUUCGACUCCGAGGCCACCCAGUUCAUCGAGUACGCCAAGCUGUCCGACUUCGCGGACUCGCUGUCGGAGCCGCUGCGCAUCAGCAAGCCUAACAAGAUCAAGCUGAUCUCCAUGGACCUCCCCAUGGUCAGCGGGGACAAGAUCCACUGCCUGGACAUCCUCUUCGCCUUCACCAAGCGCGUCCUGGGCGAGUCGGGCGAGAUGGACGCCCUCAAGCAGCAGAUGGAGGAGAAGUUCAUGAUGGCCAACCCGUCCAAGAUCUCCUACGAGCCCAUCACGACCACCCUGAGGCGGAAGCAAGAGGACGUCUCCGCCACGGUGAUCCAGAGGUGCUACCGCAGACACCUGGUGCGGCGGCAGCUGAAGGCCGCCUCCUACCUGUACCGCCAGAUCACCACGCCGCGGCACGCAAGGGAGGAAGGCGAGGAAGGAGGAGGCGAGGAAGCGUUCGAGGAAGCGCCGGAGAAAGAAGGGCUCAUCGCCGCCAUGAUGAGGGAGAACUACGGCUCCAGCUUGUUGGGGAUAGACCGCUCCGAGACCGUCUCCUCCACCUCGUCCCCGCCGUCCUACAACAGCGUGACGCGAGCCACGUCGGAGGUCUUUCGCCCGAUCGCCGCCAAGACGGAAACGAUAGCCGGCGACAGCGACGGCGGCAGCGAACCGAGCGAACGAUCGCCCGCGAAGGUCGACCCUCGAGGGCGGAAGGGAACUGGACCGUAG